UCUGGUUAUGUCAGCCGGGGGCUUGACCUCUCGCCUGCCAUGCCAACCCAUAAAAAUCAUGCAGCCACUCACCCGUCAACUGUGUGUGUGUGGAGUUGAAGUAGGGUACACUCUACGCUGUCGCCGACUUCUGCUGGGGGUAGCACACGGGAUGGUACUCACUGUUGGGCACUGACGACAGAAAGAGAGAGAACGCAUCACACGCAUCGGAUCACGUCACAUCACAUCAGAUCAGAGAAAGACCACAUGUGGCUUUCUGUCUGUCUGUCUGUCUGUCUUUGCGGGUGGGGUCAGUGGGUGGAUGGGUUGCUCACUUUUGGUCCUGUGGGAGAAUUUGCCGUCCAUGCAGUUCAUCAGAGGCACACUGAGGGUCUGGCCUACCAGCUUGUGGGUUUGGUCCUCCGACAUCUCGUCAUAGCUGACAAAACAGCCACCACCCACACAGACGAUUAACACCCCCACACAGUGAGGGAGUGACACUGAGUGAGGUGUGCGUGCGUCUUGUCUUGUCUGUCCUGACGGCGGGCGGCUUACAUGCACAUGGCGCAUGUGACGUCCCUCUCGUUGCUGUCCUUGCACUCGACCUUGAAGGACAGAUCGGUGGUCCCACCACUCGCAGCAGCCGCCUGGCCCACCAUAUUCUCCAGCAUCUGCACACACACCACACACACACACACCACACACACACACGACCACCCACACGCGCACACAGAUCUGCCGCACCGGAGCCAAAAGAGACACGACGGCCCAUGUGGACAGCCAUAUGUCACCUGCUGCAUGCCCUCCUCGUACAUCUUCUUGUCAGCGGCCGGGAUGAAGAAUGAGGGUGUCGGCGUGUCCGGCGCGUCCUUGCCGCUGCUCUUGAUCUGGCACUUGGCCACCGACGUCCGCCGGAGCGUCAGGGCUGAUGACGUGCACGCGAGCACAAAGCACACGGCGAGGGCAACGAGGCACUUCAUUCUGGCAGACGGGGAUGAGCUGAAGGCGAAGAUCACG